AAAUUUCUCACCCUUCACUUAAUAUUUUAAGUGCCAUCUUCUAUCUUGUCUUUAUAAUUCUCUAGAUUUAAGAGCAAAGGGAGGGGUUUUACUAGAGCAUUGCACAUACAUACUGAUUCUAGAUGAGUUCUAAAAAGAUUACAUGGAAGUCUUUUGUGUUGAUCUUAAGUUGUUACAAGACUCAAUGUUCCUUGGAGGAAUCAGAAAAAGAGGUUUUGAAACAUGGUUCCUUCCAAAGGUUAUGUCUCUCGGAUAUAAGCAUUCCUAGCUCCCCUCAGGCAAUUGAAGAUCUUUCUAUUUCCCUGGUUGGUCCAAAGCUUUACACAUUCACACUAGAUGAGCUGAGGGAAGCAACACAUAAUUUCUCAUGGAGUAAUCUUCUUGGUGAAGGAGGGUUUGGACCUGUGUACAAGGGUUUUGUUGAUGACACACUUAGACCUGGUUUGAAGGCUCAGUCUAUAGCUGUGAAACGACUUGACUUGGAUGGCUUGCAAGGUCACAGGGAGUGGCUGGCGGAAAUUAUAUUUCUUGGACAGCUGAGGCAUCCACAUCUUGUAAAGUUAAUUGGGUACUGUUGUGAGGAGGAACACAGGCUUUUGGUGUAUGAAUACAUGGCAAGAGGCAGCUUGGAGAAUCAACUAUUCAGAAGAUACUCUGCGGCCUUACCAUGGUCAACCAGGAUGAAGAUAGCAUUGGGUGCAGCUAAGGGUUUGGCCUUCCUUCACGAAACAGAUAAACCUGUAAUAUACAGGGAUUUCAAGACUUCAAAUAUCUUACUAGAUUCGGAUUACACUGCUAAAUUAUCAGACCUAGGGCUUGCUAAGGAUGGUCCUGAAGGGGAAGAAACACAUGUAACAACAACAUGCAUAAUGGGAACCCGAGGCUAUGCUGCUCCUGAGUACAUCAUGUCUGGUCACCUUUCCACCAAGAGUGAUGUAUAUAGCUAUGGAGUGGUUUUGUUGGAAUUGCUAACGGGAAGAAGGGUAGUGGACAAGACCCGACCCAAUCGAGAGCGAAGCCUGGUCGAAUGGGCAAGGCCUCUUUUGAGAGAUCAAAGAAAGCUGCUCCAUAUAAUAGACCCAAGAUUGGAAGGGCAGUUUCCUAUGAAAGGAGCUUUAAAAGUUGCUGCAUUGACCUAUAAAUGCUUGAGCCACCACCCCAAUCCAAGGCCCAAUAUGAGUGAUGUGGUAAAGAUAUUAGAGUCACCUCAGGAUUUUGAAGAUGUCAUCAUAGGACCGUUUGUGUAUGUGGCGGUAAGUGAAAGUAGCCAAUGAGAUACCCUCAAAGGGCAUUAAAGAGUCCUUUGUCUAUGGUAUCAGCAGCGUAGAUAAAACAUAGCAGAUAGCAUAAGAAGAAGAAAAAUGAAAAUUAUGUGUUUGCCAUUUUAGUUUGUAAGGGAUUGUCUACAAAGAAGCUAAAUGUAAGUAAUUAACUAGUUGCGUCUGAUUUUGGUCUGGAAUAGAGAGUUGUAGUAUAGCAAGUGAAUGGUGUUUGAGGUGAAACAUGAACUACACAAGUUAUCUGAAAUAGAGAUCCCUCUGUCAAGUAAGCAAUAACGGAGGCAUCAAGAUUUUUUUUGUUACA